CUGGUUAAACAUGGCGGAUGAGAAUGAGACAGCACCGCUGCCAGAGAAAGAAGAGGAGGUAGAAGAGGAUCAUGGACACUGCAGCAAUUGUGAAAAUGAAGAGCAUCACUCCGAUGACGGGGAGAAGGGCGACACAGGUGCCAAGAAGAAGAAAAAGAAACAGAAGAAAAAGAACAAGGACAAGUCUGGAGCAAAAGAUGCCGCUCAGGAUCCUCUGGCCAAAGUAAACUCUCUCCCAGCUGAUAAGUUACAGGAGAUCCAGAAGGCCAUUGAGCUGUUCUCGGUGGGACAGGGUCCAGCUAAAACCAUGGAGGAGGCCACACGUCGCAGUUAUCAGUUCUGGGACACUCAGCCUGUUCCCAAACUUGGUGAGACUGUGACAUCACAUGGUUGUAUUGAGCCAGAUAAAGAUAACAUUCGAGAGGAGCCCUACAGCCUCCCGCAAGGCUUUACCUGGGACACUCUCGACCUAGGAAACGCUGCAGUGCUGAAAGAGCUAUACACACUCCUGAACGAGAACUACGUGGAGGAUGACGACAACAUGUUUCGCUUUGAUUACUCUCCUGAAUUUCUGCUCUGGGCUCUGCGUCCUCCAGGCUGGUUGCCUCAGUGGCAUUGUGGAGUGAGAGUGAACUCUAAUCAGAAGCUAGUUGGAUUCAUCAGUGCCAUUCCAGCCAACAUCCGCAUCUAUGACAUAGAAAAGAAGAUGGUGGAGAUUAACUUUCUGUGUGUGCAUAAGAAACUCCGUGCGAAACGAGUGGCUCCGGUGCUCAUCAGGGAGAUCACCAGACGGGUCAACUUGGAGGGCAUCUUUCAGGCUGUGUACACUGCUGGGGUGGUACUGCCCAAACCAGUGGGCACCUGUAGAUACUGGCACCGUUCUUUGAACCCACGAAAGCUGAUUGAGGUGAAGUUUUCUCACCUUAGUCGCAACAUGACUAUGCAACGCACCAUGAAGCUCUACCGGCUGCCAGAGGCUCCCAAGACUGCAGGUUUGAGGCCGAUGACCAUAAAAGACAUCCCACUGGUUCACCGCCUGCUGAAGGAAUACCUAAAUCAGUUCAACCUGGUUCCAGUCAUGAGCCCUGAGGAGGUUCAACACUGGCUGCUCCCUCAGGAGAACAUCAUUGACACCUAUGUAGUGGAGACUACAGAUGGGAAGGUGACUGAUAUCCUGAGUUUCUACACUCUGCCGUCCACCAUCAUGAACCAUCCUGUGCACCGCAGUCUGAAGGCGGCAUAUUCCUUCUAUAAUGUACACACCACCACCCCACUGGUGGACCUGAUGGGAGACGCUCUUAUCCUCGCCAAGUCGAAAGGUUUUGAUGUCUUUAAUGCACUGGACUUAAUGGAGAACAAGACAUUUUUGGAGAAGCUCAAGUUCGGCAUUGGAGAUGGAAACCUGCAGUAUUACCUCUACAAUUGGAAAUGUCCCAGCAUGGGUUCAGAAAAGGUGGGAUUGGUUCUGCAGUGAUCCGUUCCACCGUCCACAAGCUCCGUCUCGUAUGACAGCGAGGCUGAUCUAUGACAUCACGCACUGACCGCCUGACAGAUGCUACCGAUGGACUUCCUGCUUCAGGAAGGAGAAUAGAAAUCACCGCCCAUUUUUUAAGUUUGAACUCUGACCUGUUUGGACCUGCACUACUGCUGCCAGAAAGAGAAGAUGUGCUCUUCUCCUUCUCUUUUUUUUCCCCCUCUCUCUCCCUCAUUCUUUUACUUUCUCUCUCUUCUCUCUCUGCGCAUGGACCUUAAGCCAUUGUAUUUACCAUCACCAGAGAUGAGGAACCUUAAUCGGUUAUGAUUGUUAACAACAAACGAUGCACACAAACAAACACAUGCUCAUAUGUAACAAUGAACGUGAUUUUUUCCCCCCUCUCUAUCCAAUGGGAGGUGCUUUUUGCAAAAACAUUUCCUCAGUGUUUUCGAAAAAACAACAUGCAACAAUCAAAGACACGUAAAACAGCCAAUGAGAUAAUAAAAAUCCCAAGUGGACAU